AUGGUCGCAAAAACUUUUGCAGAUAAAUUAAUGCAUGUUUGGACUGGAUGGGAGAUCCGAGUACUGGUUUUAGUCAGCCUUUUAUUACAAGUAAUUCUUGUUGUAUUUGGUUCUCGAAGAAAGCUUACCACAAGAAUAUGGAUCAGGAUCAUUGUUUGGGCAGCAUACAUGUCAGCAGAUUGGGUUGCAACUGUUGCAUUGGGCAAUCUUGCCACACUGGGUGGAUAUUGUGGACAAAAAUGUUUGAAACCAAAUGAUUUACUUCAAUCUUUUUGGGCACCAUUCCUUCUGUUGCACCUCGGCGGUCCAGAUACUAUAACAGCUUAUGCCUUAGAAGACAAUGAAUUAUGGCUAAGGCAUCUACUUGGCCUUAUUGUUGAGGUUGGAGUUGCAUUCUAUGUGUUCUCGAGGUCAGGGGGUGACACUACCCUCACAUUUAUAGCCAUUCCAGUGUUCAUUGCUGGCAUUAUAAAGUAUGGGGAGAGGACUUGGGUGCUUAGGUCAUCUAGUGCUAAACAUUUUAGAAGUUCACUGCUCUCAGCUCCGGAUGCCGGGCCUGAUUAUGUUGAAUUUGUGGAAAAUAGAGAUGGCAAUGAUAGGGACCCUGUGGCACUAACGGUUUUACCACAUGAAGAUGUGAAGUCAAAUGAUUAUCUUCAUCAAGCUGGAUAUUUGUUCAAGAGAUUCAAAUAUUUAUUUGCGGACCUUAUCCUUGGCUAUUAUGAGCGAACAGAUUGCCACUCUAUAAUUAGCAACAAGUCACCAGAAGAAGCCUUCCAGUUGGUAGAAGUUGAGCUUUCAUUUCUGUAUGAUUUGCUCUACACUAAAGCAAAUUUUGUGUACUCCUGGUUUGGGAUCUUGCUUCGCGUUAUCAGUUUCUUGGCAUCUGUUUCUGCAUUGGUUACCUUCUCGAUUCUUAUAUUUUUUAAGCAAAAUGGAUAUUCAACAGCCGACAUCACCAUAACUUACAUACUACUAUUUGGAGCUGUUGUUUUGGAGGUUUAUGCACUCGUCAUCCUUACUUACUCUGAUUGGACAAUGUUGUUCCUCACUAGAUUUGGAAUGGGCCCUUCUAAACAACCAACAAAUGUUAAGAGGUGGCCAAGAAUCAUAUCCCAGUACAAUAUCAUGGAUGUUUGCCUAAGAGAGGCUAUCACCCCUCGUUGGAUUGGAUUUCAAAAGUCUCUUGGCAUAUAUGAAAUAUCCGAGAAGAUGAUGAAUGUAACUUGGCAAGGUGUGGUUCCUGAACUGAAAGAUCUGAUCUUCCAACAACUAAAAGAGAAAAGUAAGAGAAUCGAGGAUAACCUAUAUGACAUCAACUUAUGCAAGACAUUAUUAACACACAGAGGUGAUCAUGUGCUUAAAGAAAUCAAAUGUGAUAAGCAUCUUGAGUGGAGCACAGUUGGGGUAGAAUUCGACCAUAGCCUUCUUCUUUGGCACAUUGCUACUGAACUCUGUUACUAUGAUGAUCUUACGAGAUUCAACCACCCUAGUAUCACAAAAUCUAGCAAAAUCAGUAAAUGUUUAUCAGAUUACAUGCUUUAUCUUCUUGUCAUGUGUCCAAAUAUGCUGCCAAAAGGCAUUGGUGAGAUAAGAUACAGAGACACCUGUGAGGAGGCUGUUCGUUUUUUUAAACGAAAGAAAGAGGUAAUUAAGAAUCAUAUAGGUAAAGCUUGUUAUGAGUUACUUCGAGUUAAAACUGAAAUCUCAUUGGAAGAAGUAAAAGGAGAUAGAUGCAAAUCGGUUCUCUUCUAUGGCAAUAGGCUUGGAAAGCAACUGCAGGCACUUAAACCAGAAGAUCAGAGUAAUUGGGGAUGUGAUGAGAAGUGGGAGAUGAUUAACAAAGUGUGGGUGGAAUUGCUGGCCUAUGCUGCAGUCCAUUGUGGGUGGAAAGAACAUGCCCAACAACUCAGGAGAGGUGGCGAACUGCUCACUCAUGUCUGCCUUCUUAUGGCACAUCUUGGCUUAAGUGAUCAAUACCAGAUUCAAAAGCAGUUCAUUCACCAGCCUAACCGACAAUUCUUUGAGGCAUUAUUUCUCAAGGCAUACAAGAAACCACGGUCCGAGUGCUUUCUGUGCUCCUUACGUUGUCUUCUUUGCAUUAGUGAUCGCAGUUGCUGCUGCAACAAAGACUCGUCUUAA